AGAGGAAAACAAAAUCCCGGCGAAGAAGAAGAGCUGAGAUUUGGAGCUCAAAAGUACUUCACUUUGCAAUUCGCAUCGUUGACUACGAUUUUGCAUCACAGAACCUUCCUUCAAUCUUCGUAUCAAACUUGGGGCAUACGUUUGAACAAUCCCACUUCUUGUUCUCAGAGAUUCAAAUCCAGUUACCCAAUCUCUCUCUCUCCACAAAGCUUUUGAAAUUCUCUUCAACGAUGGCUUCCAUCUAUUCCUGUACAGAAUGCGGAACUAAUCUCAAUCUCAAUUCCACUCAUCUCUUCCCGCCUGAUUUCUAUUUCGAGGCCGGAAACAAGGGAACCCUUUCGUUUUCCUUCAUCGACUCCACCAAGUUCCGUCUCGAGAAAGAGGACAAGCUCCGACCAUUCUUCGAGACUCUCAACUAUUGGGGAAUCCAGCGUAAACGGACCAAGCUCAAGUGCAACUCAUGUGGGCAUCUUGUCGGCUAUGUUUACGAUGAUGGCCCCCCUCUUACUGAUAGUCCAGGUCAGUUCCACUUCGGACCUAGCCAAGUUAUUCCCCGAGCUCCUAGGUACAGAUUCAAGAUCAAGGCUCUUCGGAUUACCUCAGAGAGUUGAAAUAUUUUGACUAUCGCACAUUAGGGUUUGAAAGUUUAAGAAUUGAGACUGUUUUUGCCAUGGGGUUCGUGAAUUCUGUCUAUAUUGUCAAUACACACUACUGUACAAAUAUGUUGAACUUCAAUAGAAUGCUUGUGAAAGGUUCUGUUCAUUUUAUUGCUUUUGAUACAGGAAUAAAACUCGUUUUGUGCUUUGCUAU